AUGGUGGCAGCAGCGGUGACAGUAGCGUCUGUGGUGUUGGCUUCGGAAAUGGAGGCGGUGGCUUCAGCAGCGAUGGCGUUCGCUGUCCCGGAAGUGGUGCUCCCGGCGAUGGCGAAUGUGACGUCAUCUCUGGUCGAGGUCCUGCCCCUCCGGGGGCAACAGCCAAUAGGAAACAGUGCAGCGGGCGUACGUCCUUUGCGCCCGUCGCUGCGCCAAGAGGCGGGAGUUCCGGCCCGAGCAAUUUCCGGCGCACCCAGCGCUCGUUUAAAGCGCAAGCUUUACAACAACAACCGAAACAAUAGAGAACGGGUCCGCCAGGGAGACUCGGUCUCUGGGGCCGGGAGCCGAAGCGAGCUGGAGGCCAUGGUGGAACCCCGGGCUCCCAGGUUCAGCGAUGCCGCCCUGAAGGUCUUGGUGGAGCAGGUGAGAGCCCACAAGGAGGUCCUGUUCCCUUCAGAUGGCAGGAAAAUGCCCAGGCAGACCCUGCGCCAGGCCUGGAGGGAGGUGGCACUCUAUGUCAAUGUCAAGAGCAUCACCCCCAGGACCUGGCUGCAGUGCCGCAAGAAGUUCAACGACCUCACCCGCACUGCCAGGGACAAGCUGGCACAGAAACCAAGGAACCCGCUCAGCGGUGGGGAGCGCCAGGUUUCCAUCCAAGCCCUGACCCAGAUGGAACAAGAGGCCCUGGACAUCGUGGAGAUAUACAGCCGGAGGAGCAUCGAGAACGGCGAGGCUGGAGGCCAAGUUUCACAGGAUAUGCCCCAUUAUUUGGGCUUCGCUGGGCACGAGAUUGAGGAGCAUCACCUGAUGGAACAGGCACCAUCGCCAGCUCCAUCCUUUCAGUACAACAGCACAGCAAUUGGAGUGUCUGAUGGGAGAGAGGGCGAGCUCCAAGAGUCCUCACGAGGUGAAUUAUUCGGCAAUGGUGAGCAGGAGCUGAACAUACUGGAAAGGACAGUGCAGGAGACAGAUGGCCACAGGGCCAGCUCCGACUCCAGCUUUGCUGAGGAGCACCGAGACGCUGAAUUGAGUGGCCCAGCUUUCAAGCAGAAGAUCUUCCACGUCCAUCACCAACUCCUGGAAGCCUUGGACAGUCUGUCUCGGAGUUGCCUCACCCUGUCUGAGAGCGUUGAAGACUCUGCUUCCAUCCUGUGUGGCAUUCUGCCCCAGGGCAUUGCCACUUUGCAGUCCACCAUGGAACACAUGGUUAGCUCGGUGGAAGCUACAGUGAGGCCCCCAGUCCCGGAGCCUGUGGCACCAGCAUUGGCCUCGUUGAUCGAGGCACAAACUGGUGCCAUUCAGGCCCUGGCCUGCACCAUCUCCUCGGGCUUGGAAAGGUUGGGGGUGCGGAUAGACCGCGGCUUCAGUCGUGUCACUGACCUCCUGGAGUCUGCCCUCCCGCUAGCCAGCAGUGGCAUCAAUGAGACCCAGGCCCAAGGCAGUGGUGUAACGGGCCUGGUGCGAUCCAGCACCCCUGAGGAUACCAGCGUAUCCGCUCCGUCACCGCAUCUCCGACCGCCCACUGCCGCAGAGGCAGCGGCGGUACUUCAGCCCGAAGCCAGAUCCCCUCGUGCUCGGGGUCUUCGAGAUCGCCGAUCGUAAGCCAACUCGGACCAAGUACCAGUGCCAGUUAUUUAAGAGGGAGGUGUUGGGGGAGGGUAGGGGAUGGAAAUAACCUUUGUAGGAACACUAAAAUUAGCAAAGAAAGCACUUCUGAACCAGAAUGCAAACUCCAUCUGGGUGACAAUGUUGGUCCACGGUAUUUAUAUGAAUCAAUAAAGUGUUACCCGGUUUGCAGCUCUGCCUUUGUCCAAUGGGUGCCUGUAUUUGUGAUGAAGGACAUGAUCAUGUCUGGUGUCAUAUGCAGCAGGGUUCCACAGCUGCUUUACCAACUGGUUGGUCAGUUAAAAGCUCAUGACACCCAAGGGAAAGUGGCACAGUGGAACCAAAGUUGGCCAAGUGGCAAUGAAUCAUGUUUAUUGGCAACUUGGGAAUGGGAAGAGCUGGUUUCCAGUGGGCUUCAGCUGGACUCAUGCUGGGUCCUUUGCUGUUUGUGUCAAUGUCAAUGAUGUGGGUUUCAUGUAAGUCGUGUAAGAGUAGGAGAAUGUGACAUAUUGGUAAUGUCACCAGAUUAAUAAUCAACAGAUCAAUUACAGAAUUGUUACAGCACAGUGGGAGGCCAUUCAGCCCAUCAUGCCUGCAGCCAUUUCUAUUACCUAGUGCCAGUCAUCUCUCUUUUCUCCAUACAGCUUUCUUUCCAAAUAAUCAUCCAAUAAAACUAAUGUUGUGGAGACACCGUUUCAAAUCCUGGCAUGGUAGAAUUUAAAGUUAAUUAAUAAAUCCAGAACAUAAAUUCAGUUCUGAAACUAUUGUCAAUUGUUCUAAAAGCCCAACUCAGGGACUUAUGCUCUUUUGAGAUCUGCCAUUCUUAUCUGGGCUGUCUUGCACAUGACUGCAGACCCAAAGCAAUGUGGUUACCCUCUGAACCGACUUAGACAACCACUGUUCAAGGGCUGUGAGAAUUAGCAAUAAACACUUGCCAGCGAUACCUGCAUCCCACCCAAGGUUAGAGACAAAAAUUAACCAAGGUGCUGGUAGAUGAUACAACAUUUGGCCUUGGCUGCUUUGAAGGAGAAAGCUGCACACUGCAGCAAAUGGACUAGUCACAUUGGCAGAAAAAGGAUAAGUGGAAGUCCAUGAUGACGCUUGCGAUCUAGUGUGCAGGCAACACAGUUUGGGAGCAGAAAUGGCAGCAGAUAUAUGGGAGUACCACUUCCUACUAUGUCCGAUCCAAGCCAUAUACCAUCCUGACUUUAAAAAAAAACUAUCCACUGUUCCUUCAGUCUCUGAGUAAAGAUAUUGGCAAUUACAACCCCCCCCCCCCCACCAAACGGGCCUGUGGGUGCACAUAUACUACAUGUACUGCAACAAAUUAAGAAGGUAGCCCACCGAUACCUGCUCAAAGGCAGUUAAUGAGGCAAUAAGCCAGUGAUACCCAUAUCUUGUGAAUGAGUAGGAACAAAAAGCUGACUUGGUGGAGAAACAGCUGGGGAGCUUUUAUUUUAUUUCGAGGAGAAUAACAUGAAAUUAGGAUAUAAGGUGCCAGCUUUUAGGUGCUAAAGCAGGCAGAAUGGGAGGGUGGAAGGGAGGUGUUGGAAUCAAGCCAACUUCAAACUUCCAAGGACAUUCACACAAGCAUGUGUCCUUGCUUGCUAUGAUCUGCCUGUUCUGCUAAUGAAACAAAACUUUUCACUGUACUUAAGUACAUGUGACAAUAAUAAACCAAAUCAAAUCAUAAAAUGUAUGCACACCUGCCAAUUCAUCGUCACUUUAUAUUCAACACAAAGCAGUCUCGCUUCUAAAGGCAAUAUCUGUUUAUAUUUCUGUAUUUUUGAUAGUGGACUAAAUCGGGGGAAAAUAUCAACUUUUUGAAAGCAGAGGAUUGUGUGAGGAAUUGUGGCACUUUCUAAAAGCAUAGUUACUGAAACUCAUUGCAAGUUGUGCUUACACUGCUGAUCUGUUCAAGCAGGAGGGGAGGCUAUUUGGAGACGGGCCGGACCAGGGACUGUGCGCCAAGUGUGUUUCGGCUGGCUGCGGACUUUGUCAAGUUGUGAAUUCCGAAGGCCGUGAGCAUGACAACAAC